AUGGCAUCCAUGACCAUGACAGCCUCACUCCUAGCUGGGUCAACCAUGGCCAAGCAGCCGUUCACAGCUCCACGCAAAGGGUUCACUGUGGCCAAGGCCUCAAGAGGCACGGAGGGAGUCAACGUGGAGAUGAAGAAGAAGAAAGAAGAGAGCAGUGGUGGGAGGAGGGAUUUGAUGUUUGCAGCUGCAGCUGCUGCUGCCUACUCCAUUGCUAGAGUCGCCAUGGCUGACGACGAGCCUAAGCGAGGGACCCCAGCAGCUAAGAAGAAAUAUGCUCCUAUUUGUGUCACAAUGCCAACUGCUCGUAUCUGCCGCAACUGA